GCUCCCCUCCCUCGGGCUGCCGAGGGCGCGCGCUCAAGGCCGGCGGGUCCAGGGUGCAGGUGCCGGAGAUCCGCGCCCCGCAGCCAGCGGGCGUGGCCAGGCAAAGGAGGCUUCUCGCCUUCCAGCUGCCGCCCAGCGCCGCAGUCGCCGCCGCCGCGCUCCGACGGGUCGCCCAUGCAGCUGCCGCCGGUGCCUCCCCACCGUCCCCGAGCCCGCCGACGGCGGCCGCUGCGGGCCUUGGAGUGCGUGUUGCUGGGCGACGGCGCGGUGGGCAAGACCAGCUUGGCGCUCAGCUACAGCACCAACGGCUUUCCCACGCGCUACGUGCCCACGGCCCUCGACCGCUUCUCCGCUGUGGUCCAGGUGGACGACGCCCCCAUCCGUCUCCAGCUGUGCGACACGGCCGGGCAGGAGGGAUUUGACGCCUUGUGGCAGGCCUGCUGCCCGAAGGCCGACAUCUGCUUGCUCUGCUUCAGUGUGGUGGCUCCCACCUCCUUCCGGAACAUUGUGGACAAGUGGCAUCCGGAGGUGCGUCGCCACUGCCCUUCCACCCCGGUGCUGCUGGUGGGGACCCAGACAGACCUGCGCCAGGAUGUCAAGGUGCUGAUUGCCCUCUCACAGCGCCAGGAAAAGCCAGUGCCUCCUACAGCCGGCCGCUCUCUGGCCAGGAAGCUGGGCAUGGCUGGCUACGUGGAGUGCUCGGCCCUCACCCAACAGAAUCUGAAGGAAGUCUUUGACACCGCUAUCGUGUUGGGGCUGCGGGCCGGUGAGGACCCCAAGGGGCAGAGGGCCCCCCCCAGCUGCAUCUGGGCCCUCUCCAAAGACUGGUGGAACAAAUACGUUUGUGUGCGGUAGCCUUGGAGACAGCAUCCUGCGCCCCCCGCCCCAUGGAUGGGGCCUGGCGCUGGCAUCCUUCAUGAACUGGUCCAUUCUGGUGCACUGCUCCUGGGUCGGGGACCCAGAGGCCCUGGGCUGUGCCCCCCCUGAAGCAUAAUGCCUCUCCCCAGCCUGCCAUCUGUGGCAAAAGCCUCAAGCGGGGGAGGGCUGCCUUUGCAGGACAGGACUCACCAGGGUUCUUUCCAAGUGCCGAGGGAAGGACAGAUUCUCUCUUGCUGAGCACAACAAAGGGAAAAAACAGCCCUGGGUCCUUCAAGGGCAGAACCGACCGGAGCACCUGCCAUCGUGGACAUCCAAAUGAUGGUGCAAAGCUUUGAUCGAGGAGUUGAUUUUAUUGUAAACAGAAAUGCAUAAUCCAAUAGUUUGAUUUUGAGAAGUGAAAUGACAUGCUUUAAAAAUAUGGUUAACAAAAUGCUUCAGAGAACA